CUUUAUUUUCCUAUUCUUGAUUCUUGAUUUGCUGUAGGAUGUUUUUAAACUUGCUCAGUAUUUGAUGUUCUCCAAUUUCAUACUUCACUCCAUGUACAAAGGAUGUUUUUAAUCCACCCCCAGGUGUGGAGUUCGGGACUUUCAUAUUUGCCCCAAUCUACAUCCUACCGAGAGGCAAACCGGUCCAGAGGAAGAUGAAAUAAUAGGAGCUUACCUGAUUCUUGAGCAAAAAGAUUUGGUGGAAAGGAUCGAGGAAAAUAAAUAAGACAUUACAAAAAAGAAAUUAUAAGAGGGAGAAGAAUCAGGGAAUUGUGGUAAUGUGCUUUGAUAUACGAAAGUGAAGGUUGAGAAAGAAUGAGUUUACUUCACAGAGAAUGAUGUUAGAAGGGUAAGAUAUGACGGAGAAUUUUAAAAAACGACGGGAAGUGUUGAUUUGUACCCUAAUUUCAUUUUUAUCAAUUUUUUGUUCUAAAAAAUAAUACAACUGUAUAUAUGUUCCUACCGUAAUAGCAUAAGGAUAUAUAUGCCCCUUUUCCCAAAUCUAAUUCCUAGUUUGCUGAAAAGGGCUGGGUUCUACACGAGUACACACGAUCUUCUGAAAAAAUAACUCACGCUUGCAGAGAUCAGAAAAGCCGUCACUGGACUUUCAAGCAAACAAGCAGGCACCUAGAAGUGUUUAUUUUCUUUCGAUCAAAGGUCAAACAUGUCAGCUAAAUGGAGAGCAUUGCAGCACCGCCAUCGUUAUACGUACAGUGUUGUCGUUUUCCCACAAACUUUCAUUGAGGCAUUAGAUCAAACACCAUCAUGUCGCUUCUUCUCCGAACUAAAACAGAUGGUAUCCUUAACUUCAACAUACUCCCAACUCAUUCAUGCUAAGAAUGUCGCUGCAGCGUUCUCCGACUUGCUAUGUAAUACAAGUUCUGAUGAGGGUUUAAUGUCUAAGGCUUCGAGGUUCUAUUUGGAGAUUCUUUUCUUGGAGAAUUCUGUACCUCUGCAUAGAACUUUGAUUUCGGUUCUUUCGAAAUGCAAAAACUUUCAAGCUCUGGUCCAGAACAGUUUUCGAGAAUUGUGCGAUGAGUAUGGAGGUGAGAAUGGGAAAGGGAAGAGGUUUUGUGUCUCACGAGCUGCGUUGUCCAUGAUGAGCACUCCAAAGCUGGGGUACUUGGUCGAAAUUGUAGAAGAAUGUGCGGUUUUGGUCGCAUUGGAUGUAGUGUCCGGGUUGAGUAGUAUAGUGUCUCAAACCAGUGAGGGGUCCAGGCCUUCACCCCUUGUUAUGGAACAGUGUCAGGAGGCUCUCUCGUGUCUGUACUACUUGCUUCAGCGGUUUCCUGCAAAGUUCAUUGAUGGAGAUGUUGGGGAAGACCUCCUAGUUUGCAAAAGAUAUAGUCUUCUGGAGACUAUCAUGGCUACUGUUACCAGAUUCUUGACAUCAGAAGAAUUUUCCAGGGAUUGUCUUGUGGCAGCUGGGGUCUGCUUUUGUGCUGCUCUGCAGGUGUGCCUUUGCCCUGAAGAGCUUGGUUCAUUUAUAAUGGAAGGAGUUUUUAAUCAGAAAGACGUUUCAUGCUUAAAGUUUGAAAAGGAUAUUACGAGAAAGAUACCAUGGAAAGCAACAAUGUUCACUGGAAUCCAAAAAUUAUCUCCUCUGAGUAGACUUUGUUUGAUCAGAGGGAUCUUAACAGCAGUUUCAAGAACUGUCCUGAAUAUCCUUUUUGUUGUAUCAAAUGGUGGUUUUGAUGAUAACUGUAGUCUGGGAGGUAAUUACAGCUCUGUUAAGACAAUUCUUUACGAUGAAAUUCUGCCUGAGCUAUGUACUUUAUGUGAGAAUCGAACUGAUAGCCAUUUUAAUUUCCAUGCAUUAACGGUGAUGCAGAUAUGUUUGCAGCAGAUAAAAACAUCAUUGCAAGGAACAAAUGGUUAUACUGAAGAAGGCUAUGAUCCAAUCUCAGAGGAGAUUGGAACAAGGAUAUUGAAAAUUGUGUGGAAUAAUUUGGAAGACCCUUUAAGUCAAACAGUCAAACAAGUUCACCUUAUAUUUGAUCUUUUCUUAGAUGUUCAGGUAACCCUUCACUGGGCAGGGGGCAGUCAGGAAUUUUACUCGUUCUUGAGGAAAACUUCCUCUGAUCUUCUUCACUUAGGGCCACGCUGCAAGGGAAGAUAUGUUCCGUUAGCCUCCCUUACUAAGAGGUUGGGGGCAAAGAGCAUGUUAGAUAUGAGCCCUGACUUGUUAUUUGAUACGACAAAGGCAUAUCAGGAUGACGAUGUGUGCUGUGCUGCAACAACAUUCCUGAAGUGUUUCCUAGAGUGCUUGCGUGAUGAGUAUUGGAGUAGUGAUGGUGUUGCAGGCGGGUUUAUGAAAUACAGACAUCACUGCUUGCUCCCGCUUUUCUCUGGACUUUCUUCUGGAUUGGCUAAGCUGCGCUCUAAUUUGAACACAUAUGCUUUACCAGUUUUACUUGAACUGGAUGUUGAUAGUAUAUUUCCAAUGCUCGGUUUUAUUGGCAUCGAAUGCAGCGGAGAGAGCACUGAUGUUUUUUGUCCUGUACUAGAUUCUAGGGAUAUUGCUCUGGGAGUUGAACAGAGGGUCGCUGUUUUGGUUUCCCUGCUCAAGGUUUGUCGUAUGCUUGCAUUAAUUGAAGGAGACAUUGAUUGGCCUGAGUACUCUUCUAUGGUAUUGGAAGUGAAGGAGCUGAGUACUCACUCUCGUGUUGGUGAUGUAAACUCUGUUGUCCGCCUGAAGGGGAUUGAGGUUAAGAUUCCAGUAAAUUAUCUGGUAUUAGCCCUUACACACAUUGAUGAUUCACUCCGAAUAGAUGCAGCAGAAUCUUUAUUCAUGAAUCCAAAAACUGCCAGUUUACCAUCUUCUUUAGAACUGAGUCUGAUGAGGAAAGCAGUGCCAUUGAACAUGAGAUGCUGCUCUACUUCCUUUCAGAUGAAGUGGGCUAGCUUGUUCAGGAAAUUCUUUUCACGUGUUCGGAUUGCCUUGGAAAGGACAAUUAAACAGGGCACCUGGCAACCUACAGUGAGUAAUUGUGUUAUUGUUGGUCAAUUUAAUGGAGAACCAGAGCAAGCUAUAAAACACAGGGCAGAAGACCUUUUUAAUUUUAUGAGGUGGUUGGGUUGCUUUUUGUUCUUCUCAUGUUACCCAUCUGCUCCUUAUGAGAGAAAGAUAAUGGCAAUGGAACUACUGUUGAUAAUGUUGAAUGUUUGGUGUAUUGUUCCUCCUGCUCAAGGAAAUUCUGAUUCUCAGUCUUCUGAAAUCAAUCUAUAUCCUUACAGUAAGGGGUUAAUCUUACCUGAAUCAACUUUGCUUUUAGUUGGAUCAAUAGUUGAUAGUUGGGACCGUCUUAGAGAAAGUUCUUUUAGAAUACUGUUGCAUUUUCCCACUCCAAUUCCAGGAAUCAGUACUCCAGAAAUGGUAUGUGAAGCAAUGUUAUGGGCUAAGAAGCUAGUAUGUAGUCCACGUGUCAGAGAAAGUGAUGCAGGUGCUCUGACUUUUCAGCUCAUAUUUAGAAAAUAUGUUCUUCAACUUGGUUGGGAUGUUAGAGUAUCAUCACUAUCAUGCAAUGCUGUUUCUCAGUCUUCGGCUAGGCUGUCAAAUGGGAAGAAUGGGGAAUUUACAUCUUGCAGCCCUGUAAUUGAAUUUAUAAGAUCACUUAUUGUUUGGCUGUGUGCUGCUGUUGAAGAAGGGGAGAAGGAUCUGACGGAAGCAUGUAAGAACAGCUUCGUUCAUGGUGUGCUGCUUACUCUUCGGUAUGCAUUUCAGGAAUUGGACUGGGAUUCCGGAGCUGUUAUAUCUAAUAUAUGCUACAUGAAACUUCUACUGGAGGAAAUAUUGGCUCUCGUUGUGCGAAUAACGUCUUUGGCCCUGUGGGUGGUUUCAGCCGAUGCAUUGUACUUACCAGAUGAAAUGGAGGAGAUGUCAGCUGAUGGUGCUCAUUUCUUAGAGAGAAUGACUGAGACAGAUGUUUCUACCUCUACACCAGCUGAUGAGAUGAGAUCUGCUAAAACUGAGCAGGAUGAUGAUGCGCCUAUAGACCAGGUAGUUAUGGUUGGUUGCUGGCUUGCAAUGAAAGAGGUUAGUCUUCUUUUGGGAACGAUAAUAAGAAAGGUUCCUUUGCCCACCUCUGAUGUACCGAACUGUAGUCUCCCAAAUGCUGAUGUUACUGAUCAUCUAUUAUCUGACACAGUUCUUGAUCUGAAGCAACUUGAGAUAAUAGGUAACCACUUCUUAGAAGUCCUUUUGAAAAUGAAGCAUAAUGGUGCUAUUGAUAAGACGAGGGCUGGGUUUACUGCCCUUUGCAACCGUUUGCUUUGUUCAGAUGACCCGAGGCUAUAUAAAUUGACUGAAUCUUGGACGGAGCAGCUCAUGGAGAGAACUAUUGCGAAAGGACAAAAUGUGGAUGACCUUGUUAGGAGAAGUGCUGGUAUUCCUGCUGCAUUUACUGCUUUUUUCCUUUCAGAGCCCGAGGGUGCACCAAAAAAGAUUUUGCCCAAAGCACUGAGAUGGCUAAUAAAUGUGGCUAAGAAGUCUUUAACAGAUGUAAACAAUGAAUAUAGUUCUGAUUCUGAGUCUUGUUUGGCCAUCGAUUCAACAAUGGUACCUGAUGUGACUGUGGUGGAUAAGAUCUCAAAGACUAGAGAUGAGGGUGUUGUUCCUACAGUGCAUGCAUUCAAUGUCCUUAGAGCUGCAUUCAAUGAUGCCAACCUGUCAACAGAUACAUCUGGGUUUUCAGCAGAUGCACUAAUUGUCUCAAUUCAAUCUUUUUCUUCUCCAUACUGGGAAGUGCGAAACAGUGCCUGCCUUGCAUAUACUGCUCUUGUUCGGCGGAUGAUUGGAUUUCUCAAUGUGCAGAAACGCGAGUCUGCAAGGCGUGCCCUUACCGGAGUUGAAUUUUUUCAUCGGCACCCCUCAUUGCACAAUUUCUUAUUAAAUGAACUGAAAGUUGCAACUGAAAUGCUCCUGGAUGGAUCUGCUGAGAGUCUAUCUUCCAGUUUGGCAAAAGUAGUGCACCCCAGUUUAUGCCCUAUACUGAUUCUUUUAUCUCGGCUUAAACCAUCUGCCAUCACAUCUGAAUCUCGAGAUCCGUUUAACCCUUUCUUAUUCAUGCCAUUCAUCAGGAAGUGCUCAGUCCAAAACAAUCUUCGGAUUCGCAUUCUUGCAUCUAGAGCUCUGACCGGCAUUGUGUCCAAUGAAAAACUACCAGUGGUUAUCUUUAAUAUUGCCUCUGAAUUGCCUCCCAUACACAACCGGAGUUUGACAUCUGGAUUUUCCAACUCGAAUGCCUCUUUUAAUUCAAUCCACGGAAUGCUAUUGCAGCUGAGCUCUCUUCUGGAUACCAACUGCAGAAACCUGGCUGAUUUCUCUAAGAAGGAAGAUAUUCUUAGUGACUUGAUUCAUAUUCUCGCUAAGAAUUCGUGGAUUGGAAGUCCCCAAAAGUGUCCUUGCCCAAUUCUUAACAGCAGCUUUUUGAAGGUUCUUGAUAACAUGCUCAGUAUUGCUAGAACAUGUCAAACGUGCAAAUGUUUUAGUGCCAUUUGGAAUCUACUGUGGGCCUUAUCAGCAGAGUGCCUAGAUCUAGACGCUUCUAAAGGGCCAUCAUACUUUGAUCCAACAAUUACAGAACUUCGCAAACAAGCUGCAAGCUCAUAUUUCAAUUGCGCUCAUCAAACAUCUAAAGUAGAUGAGGAUCUUAUGCUUGUGAUGAGAGGUCCUCCACCUGAUUCAGAAUUGUUUAAGAACUCUGAAAUGCAAAUGUCUGUUACUAGAUUCCAUGAAAGAUUGGUUCAGUCCAUUUCUGAUACAUCAUAUGAAGUUCGAGUUGCAACACUUAAGUGGCUACUUCUUAUCCUGAACACACCUGAAUCCAGUACUGGAAGCAGAGAUAGAUCUUACAGUGAGGUGAAAAUGCUUUGGUUAACCAAUAUUGACCUCCAGGCUACUUUAAUGAGGCAUUUAGCUCUGGAGAAGAAUCCUAAGUGCAUGAACUACAUUUUAAAGAUCAUCUACACUUUCAACAUGCAGGAGUAUCAUAAGGACAACCAACAACAUGAGAAACCACAUUUUAUUGGGAAUAUGGACAUUGAUUCAGUCCUCCAGUUUUGGGACAAAGUGGUUUGCUUGUACAAUGUCACAAGACAUGCAAAGACUAGAGAGACUCUUGUAUGUUGCAUGGCCAUUUGUAUGAAACGGUUAGUUGACCUUUUUACAAGCUCCAUUUGUGGCUCGGGUAACAAUAAAAUAGUGGUAUUCGACUCUUGUGAUCCAUCCAAGUUAUCUGUUAUUAUUCAGUGCAUAGACUAUUUUGUCAAAGCCAUCCAGGAGCAUAGUGAUGCAUCAGAGCCUAUAAAUAUGCGGAAGGCAGCUGCCAAAUCAAUAGUUGCAUCUAGUUUGCUGGAACAAGCUCAGCAUCUCACUCCUCCUUUAGUUUCCUACAAUCACCAAGAAGUUCCUGAAGGAAACAAAAAUAAUGAUGCUGUUUAUGCAUUUUAUGCUCGUCGGAUUCUGGAUUUGUGGUUUAUUUGCAUAAAGCUUCUGGAGGAUGAAGAUGUUGGACUUAGGAAGCAACUCUCUCUGGAGAUCCAGAAGUUUAUCACCUCUGGAAAUGGUCUUUCAACUGUAUUAGUUCCUACCCAAGUAGAGAAAGUGAUUGAGAUGAGCUUUGAGCAUCUUUCAUCUACUUUUGGCCACUGGCUUGACUAUCUUGACUCUCUUUGCCACUGGGUUCUAACCACUGCAAGCUGUGCAUAUUCGAUGCUAUCAACAGCAGAUCCUGUGAGACGUGUCUUUGACAAGGAGAUUGAUAACCAUCAUGAAGAAAAGCUGCUGAUCUCUCAGUUGUGUUGUUCCCACCUGGAGAAGCUUCCAGUUUCAAAAUUGACAACAGAAUAUUAUGACAGGCAUAUGGUCUGUAGUUUCUUGUUGAGCUGGAGGAAGAGAUUUUGCCAACAGUUGGUGUCAUUUGUUAAUGAUUAUACUGGUAUUCACGGUGGUGUUCAUUGGAUUGGUGGAUUAGGCAACCAUAAAGAUGCUUUUUUACCAGUGUAUGGGAAUUUACUGGCAUUUAAUGCUGUGUCAAUCUGUAUUCUGAAUGGUGAGCCAGAAGACAGUAUGCUGCCUGAACUCCUUGAACUUGGAGAGGCAAUACAACCAUUCCUGGGAAACCCCUUAAUCUCUAGCCUAUUUGUUUCAGUUGUCAAGUCACAUGAGAAAAUUUCAUGUGGAAAUGUUCAUCGCCUGCUUCCGGAAACAAGCAGAGCCAAUUCUGCUGCUUGGGAUGCUUUUGAUCCUUACUUUUUACUUAGGUGAGGUUCUCCCUUUUUAUUCACAUUGUGUAGGUUUUUAAUACGGACACAAUUUGUCACCAUUAUUUCUCCCCGUCAUUAAUUGGUUGUAGUCUUCCUGGUUAGGGGAAGUCUCUAGGUAGUGUAACUUUAUUGACCUGCACACCGUACAUUUUAACUUACCGUGAUAAUUUGAUGUGAUUUUACUACACUAGUCUUUCAUCCCUGUGUUGCAGGGAUAACAAACUAAAAAAUUACUUGAACGUUAUUUAUAUAAUGUGUUCAAAGUUAUUGCAC